CUGCAUGAAAACGGGGCAAGUGCAAAUUUGUUGUCGUGUGCCAGCAACGUGGUUCCUGCAGCUGCAGCGUCUAGCUGCGAGGACAAAAUAGAAGCCCACAACAGAUGAGAAACUUAGACCGGGGAAUUAAGAGACUAAUACGCUGUAAUUGUAUCUUAGGAGCUGCAUGAAUGAAAUAACCUUUCCGUGCUGCCCGGCACAGACUUUCACAGCGUCUGAGAAAGCAGCAGAUUGUAUCAGCCUUCAGCGGCAGAAGUAGGCUUCUUCAAAGUGCCUGUCCACUAACCACAGAUACCCACUGUCAUUUGCUGGGCUGAAUGAAAUAGCCUACAUGAGACUCACGCAGAUGAAUCACCCAUACAAACCUGAAACACUACCUCCUCACACUCCGGAUUUAAAUUUAAAACAGACAAGAGAUUGUUCCUGGCCUCAUUUGGGAGCCCUGCUGGUACAAGAAGCCAUCAGGAGUGGCAGAAGGGAGAGCACCAAGAGAAGAAACGGACCGAUUCGAGAUGGGGUCCCAGUCCGUCUUCAUGUUGGCAGUUCUCGAGCAAUCUGGGUGCCUCUGAGGGAGCUCGCUUUCUCCUCAGGCAGAGUGUGGGCUGAUGCUUUGCCACUCUACACACCUACUUCCUGCAAUCCUGGCAAUUACCAAUGGUGUAAAACCCAGUUUCUGACGUGGCUGACUCAGCAAGGGCUUGGCUCAAAACAAAUACAUACGCACAAGGAACUGCAGCCUGGGAAGCAGUGACAGGAGGCACAUGAAGAGAAGGCGGCUUUGUGGAUUUUUAGCGUUUCGGGUCCAACCUGGCUGAAUCGUCCCUGGACUUGCUUCUUCCAACGCCCCAGCAUACUCGGGAACGCGGUGGUCACAGUUCUCCAAGUGCUUCAGCAGUUUCUCCUCGCCGCCUGUUAGACUCGGCUGCUGCUCCGACACGGCCGCGACUGAGUCACCGUCUCCCUUCCUAACCACCCACUGAGAUUUUUAUACUGUGCCCUUCUCCAUGAAGGUGGCUGGUUACCAUGGUACCAAAGUGCCCUUCUGUUCUAGAUACUAGAUUAAAUCUGUUCUCAUGGUGACUGUAUGCCUUCGCUAUUCUUCAUCAGCUUGGUUCUGCAGCCCAGAUUUAAUAAGCUCAGACACUGCCAUUCCUUCUGCACUGAAGACGGAGACUCCUUAAUGUCUAAGACAGGCCAACUGCUCCUUAGCACGGGGACAUAGUGUGAGGUUUGCAUUUCCUGCAAUACCAGCCUCUCUGUUUUCCUUCCAGCUACAGGAACGGGGAAGGAAGAGGUUGUUCCUGUUGUGUGGCUUGCUGCUGAUCCUGCGACUUAAGUCCAACACCUGACUGUGAAGAGUCAGCAGUUUCCUUCUUCUCGUUGCCUUUCAUCAGCAUGGAUACUUGGCGGAGAGGGUCCAUCAAGUCCACAACGUUCUUCAGACGUUUCUCACUCAGGAGACACAAAAAGCUGGGCAACCAAGUCAUCCUCUUGAAUCAGAACAGCCACACUCUGGACAGUGAUGGACAGUGCCAGAAGAGGGAAUGCUUGAGGGAUCUGAAGGACAAGUCUGAUUACCUGUCGUGUCAGAGCGAGCAAAACCUAGCCAAGGCACAAGCACCUCCCAAGCCCCCCCGGCUCUACCUGGACAGUUCUAGCUGCCCUAACAUCAUUGAUCACACGGAUUCGCACUCUGACAUCUCCUUUUCUGGUGCUACUCAUCAGUACCACAAAGCCACUCAAACUCAAUUCCACAAGGACCAGGCGACAGACUGCGGGACCUCAGAGACAGGCACCCAGAAUGGCACCACCCUUUCUGACCUGUCUGAUCCCUUCCUGUCCUUCAAAGUGGACUUGGGGCUAUCGCUUCUCGAGGAUGUUCUGCAGACCCUCAGGAAACAGAAUCCACGAGAUUACGCCAUUUGAAGGUAUUUAUCAUUUAAGAUAUCACAUUUACCUACUGCUGCAGCCAGUUUCUCUAGUCCUAGUGGGAGGAAGGAUACUGCAGCAUCCCUGUUACGUGUGGCCUGUUUUGUUGUUCUCGCCUUCCCCACCACAGACUGUCCUUGUCCUUGCCAAGGAGUCCUUUGGAGCGGAGCUCAGAGGCUCCCUGCUCAGAUGAGAGCACUGUCUGCUGGAACCUCGUGGGCAAGUUGCCGUCCUCCGCACUGGGAAUUUCCCACUCUUGACUGUGCAUCUCCUCAUGGAAGAAUGGCAUUGUUUGCCAAAAGACUUGUUAUUUUGGGGAUGUGGCUGUGACACCGCAGGACACGGACAGAAAGGGAUAUGGCAUACAUCAUUUGUGGAUAAGCAGGCAGCUUGCAAGGAGACAAUAGCACUGCAUCUCAAAGCUGUAGCUAUGGCAAGGGUCAAAAGACAGAAACUAGUGUUUCUUCUCCCACCCUGUUUGGAUGUGAAAAAUCAAAGCUGUUCCUGCUCUUUUUUUUCCUUGUGGGUUUCUUUUCCCCCCAGCUCAAGUGCAGUUGGCACUCUCAGCCUGGAAACAGGUAAGCGUCCAUGUAGGCUCGUAAUACAGCAACAGCAGUUUAUUUACCUUACUAGCAGGAGAAGAAAUUUCUCUAGAUACUGCUGCUUGAAGCAUGCACUGAUCUAUCAGCUGUACAGAUAUGGAAGAAUAAAUGUAUCUGUGACUGGAAGUGUUUUGUUGCCUCAUUUCAUUGGUAGCAAGCCAGAAAAAGCCCAGGCACCAAGAGCACAGGUCCCUUAUCUGCAGCGACAGGGAUCGAUCCUCUCUGGCACUUCAGGUUUCUAGGAGGGUGGGGAAGCAGUGUGGCUCUGCUUUUCCAGGCUGGGAGAAGGCCGGAGCUGCUGGGACUUUCCCUUCCCCUGCGGAGAGGGCACAGAGCUCAGGCCAAGACCCAGUGUUGGAAUGAACAGUUCUUUACCCUGAGAGCUGGACAAUGGGAACUGCUCUGCCAGGCUGACAACAUUUUCGGCAGGAUCAGGGCAAGCUGUUAAAAGGAUACUGCAGAAACUACUGGCUCACCAAUUCUUGCCUUUUUCAUAGCUAGAUUAGAUACUAGGGCUCUCUUUAAAAAAAGAAAAUACAACCUCCACGCACCCAGAUAACGGUGAGCUUUGGAAGCUGGCUAUAGCAAAGCACACAGAGACACUGCAGAGAAGGCACAGAUAGCUCUUAACCUACUAGA